AAAAGCUAGAUUCAAGGCAGGCAAGAGAGACAACCGGGAUCAAUAGCUGAAGAUGAGGGUACUUCUUACAAACGACGAUGGAGGACCAAACGACCUAGCUUCCCCAUACAUCAAGUACUUAGUCACUGCAAUUAUCCAAUUAACAAACUGGGAUCUUACAAUCUGUGUUCCUUUUUCGCAGAAGUCCUGGAUAGGGAAGGCGCAUUUUGCCGGACGUGAUGUUACAGUCAAAUACAUCUACAGCUCUAUUUCCAAACCAGAAGAUAAUUCUUACCAUGGCCCUUUCCCAUCGCCGCAAGCAAAGUUCAAGGCUGAUCCAGAUCUUAAGGAAUGGUGUUUAGUUGAUAACGGUACUCCGGCAACUAGUACGGAUAUAGGAGUCAACCACAUUUGUGGGCCUGAGAAUGUGGACCUAGUACUUAGUGGACCAAACGUGGGGCGUAACUCCACCGCCUUAUAUGCUCUUUCAAGUGGUACUGUUGGCGGAGCUAUGGAAGGAUGCCAUCAAGGAAAACCUGCGAUUGCAGUAUCAUAUUCUUACGAAGCGGAUCCGGCUGUGCCAGCAGAAUGGUUGAAGGAAUCAAGCUUGAUGGCGGUCAGAAUUAUAGAAAGGUUGUGGGAAAAAUGGAACUCCGAAGUCCAAAUUUAUAAUGUCAACAUACCUUUAAAUGAGCACGUAAAGCUUGGAAAGACCAAAAUUUAUCAUGUUCCAAUGUUGGAAAACAAAUGGGGAAAAAGUUUAUAUUUCAAACCAGAACAGACAUCAAACAAAGAGCACAGUGACAUAGUGGAUGGCAGUGUUUCCGAUGGUGUUGUGUUCAAAUGGCGUCCUGAUUUUGAUGUUGUCCAUAAAGCUGUUGAUGCUAGUACAGAGCUUACCGAUGGUAAGGUCAUUGGUCAAGGUCAUGCUAGUAUUACUGCUUUGAGGGCAAACUUCCGUCACAUCGACGAAGAAAACAAUGGGGAAAUGAUUUUGAAAGAUGACCAGCAUGAAAGCACCACAAACAAUCUAAGAGUGGUUGUCACAUAUCCAAAGACUUCUUACAUAUUUGAGCCAUUGCAAAAAGCGAUUAGCAAGUUCUUACCCAAUAUCACCAUUGAAGAAGUGCUUCCACAAAAGGAUGACAGUAUUGUCUUUCAUUACGGAGACUACGAAGAUCUUGAUCACGAAAGGCUAAUGCAGGACAACAAGUAUAUUGCCAACUCAUAUAUUUACAGAAAGUCUCUAAUCAGAAAACAUUAUCUUUCCAACACUAUUGCAGUGUAUCAAGCAAAACAUCCUAACUCUAUUUUGAAAAGAGCCUUUCCUGAAAGUUUUCAAUUUGAGCUCACAUAUGCUGAAUUCUUGGAUGAUAUCCUGGAUGAAGUUUACGAACUUAGGUGCGUUCUCAUGGAAAAUGAAGAAAAGCUGAACAAAACUUUCAUUUUGAAGCCAAGUAUGACAGAUAAAGGUCAGGGCAUCCGUUUAUUCAAAACUAUUGAUCAACUUCAAACCAUUUUCGACUCUUUUGAUGAGGAUGAUACCGACGAUGAAGGGGAUGAGACUAAUAACGGCAUGAUAAUUUCUCAAUUGAGGCAUUUUGUUGUUCAAGAAUACAUUUCCAAUCCCCUUCUCUUGCCUAAAUAUGAAAAUAGAAAAUUUCAUAUUAGAACUUAUGUGCUAGCGACCGGUCAACUAAAUGUGUAUGUCUAUGAUCGAAUGCUUAUGCUUUUCAGCGCAGAGGAUUACAACAAUCCAGAUGUAGGUGGAGAGAUUGUCGAUGAGGAUGGAAUGAUUGAUAUGACUGGUCAUUUAACGAAUACAUGUCUACAGGACUCGACUGACAAAAAAGUUGUUGAAGAACUGAAAGAAUCUAGUCUAUCCGAGAAGCAACAGAAAUACAUCAUCAACCAAAUUCAUGAGAUUAUUGAAGAUCUUUUCAAAGCCGCGGUAAACGUGGACAGAAUGAAUUUUCAACCGUUGCCUAAUGCAUUUGAAGCAUACGGAUUAGACUUUCUGGUUUCUCAAGACCUCAGCAACGAGAACGGAGUUACUCUGCUUGAAGUCAAUGCAUAUCCAGACUUCCGUCAGACUGGUAGUGAAUUGAAGAACUUGAUCGAUGAGUUUUUCGAUGGUGUUUUGUGCAAUGCAGUACUUCCCUUGACGGUGGGCGAAGAAUCCGAAUCCGCAUCUUUCUGCAAGGUGUUAGAACUUGACCUCUGAACAAAGAUUUUUCUGUUUUAUCAGACCGGUUUAAAGAAGACAAAAAUAUCUAUAUAAUGUUAAUAUGGUUGAAACAGGAUUAUAGUACAAAAAAUUGCUAAUGCGACGCCCAGAAUCUAAUCGUUAUUAUUAUUUGUGCUCUUUUGCGACUCCGCCACCUCAUUUUCAUGCAUUUCCUUGCACCAGCUGUGCACCUGUUCUCUGUAGUUGUCGGCAUGUAAAAACCCAAGUCGAAUUUGCAACAGGGACCUAACAAACUCCUCGUUCCGUUGUAAUGCUAUUUGUAUCAGUUGCCGGGUUUCAUCUAUCUCUUCUUGGUCUAUGCCGUUGAACUGAGAGUCAGAUUCGUAG